AUGAGGCUUCGGAACUGCAGCUACGGCCGCCCUGCCGGGGCUUCCUCCUGGAUCCCAGCGCUGCGCUGGGCGGGUCCGCGCUGCGAGUCAGGUGCUUGGUGUGGUGAGUGGUGCCAGUGUGUCCAGAGGAGCCCAGUGCCCACUGAGGCAGCAAUUGGGCUGCUGACCGGGGAGACACUGGGGCCCCUGGCCGUGGCCAUCUUCCUGCUCCUGGUGGACCUGAUGCACCAAUGCUGGGCCCCACGCUACCCACCAGGCCCCAUGCCCCUGCCUGGGCUGAGCAACCUGCUGCAGGUGGACUUCCAGGACACACUUUGCAGCUCUACUUGGUCACAGCUGGCUGGGCGCCACUUCGGGGACGUGUUCAGCCUGCAGCUGGCCUGGACGCCCGUGGUCGUGCUCAACGGGCUGGCGGCCAUGCGCGAGGCGCUGGUGGAGCACGGCGAGGACACAGCGGACCGCCCACUUAUGCCUGUCUUCCAGCACCGAGGCUUCGGACCACACGUGCUAGGGGUCCUCUUUGCCCGCUAUGGACCCGCGUGGCGGGAGCAGCGGCGCUUCUGCGUGUCCACCCUGCGCAACCUCAGCAUGUGCAAGAAGUCACUGGAGCAGUGGGUGACCGAGGAGGCCUCGUGCCUCUGUGCUGCCUUCGCAGACCAGGCGGGGCACCCCUGUAGCCCCAACGCCCUGCUGAAUAAAGCGGUGGGCAACGUGAUCUCCUCCCUCACCUUUGGGCGCUUUUUCGAGUACAACGACCCGCGCUUCCUCAAGCUGUUGGACCUAACAGAGGAAGGACUGAAAGAAAAUGCUGGCUUCCUGCCCCAGGUGGUAAACGCCAUCCCCAUGCUCCUGCACAUUCCGGGGCUGACUGCCAAGGUCUUUCCUGGGCAGAGGGCCUUCAUGACCCUGCUUGAUGAGCUGGUUACUGAGCACAGGAUGACCCAGGACCCGGCCCAGACCCCCCGAGACCUGACUGAUGCCUUCCUGGACAAGGUGGAGAAGGCCAAGGGGAACUCCGAGACCACCUUCAAUGAUGAUAACCUGCACCUGCUGGUGACUGACCUGUUCUUUGCCAGGACGGUGACCACCUUGACCACACUGGCCAGGGACGUCUUGCUCAUGAUCCUGCACCCAGAUAUGCAGCGCCGUGUCCAACAGGAGAUCGAUGAGGUGAUAGGGCAGGCACGGCGCCCAGAGAUGGGGGACCAGACCCACAUGCCCUUCACCGUGGCCGUGGUCCAUGAGGUGCAGUGCUUUGGGGACAUCAUCCCACUGGGCUUGCCCCACAUGACAUCCCGCGACAUUGAAGUGCAGAGCUUCCUCAUCCCCAAGGGCAUGAUGCUCAUCACCAACCUGUCAUCGGUGCUGAAGGACGAGACCGUCUGGAAGAAGCCCUUCCGCUUCCACCCCGAGCACUUCCUGGAUGCCCAGGGCCGCUUCAUCAAGCAGGAGGCCUUCAUGCCCUUCUCAGCAGGCCACGACUCGUGCCUCGGGGAGCCCCUGGCCCGCAUGGAGCUCUUCCUCUUCUUCACCUGCCUCCUGCAGCGCUUCAGCUUCUCGGUGCCCGCUGGGCAGCCCCGCCCCAGCGACCACGGUGUGUCUGGUGUACUGGUGACCCCAUCCCCCUACCAGCUCUGUGCUGUGCCCCGCUAGAGGGGUCACCAAGUCUCUAACCC